AUGAACAUCUUAGAUUGGUACCAAUAAGUCAAUAAUGUUUUCAAUUCGAUUUAUCAAGCAUAACUAACUUUAUUAAUAAUUUUUGUUUGUAACAACUAAUUUUUCUAUACGCUUAUGUAUGUCAAUCAAAGUCCCUACAGGAAUGUCCCUUAUCAGAACAUACCUACAACCACUAUAUAUGUUGACCCUAACAAAUACUAAUAGCCGAACAUUUAACAACCGAUAAGAUAUCAACAAUCUCCCAGUACUGAUUAUGGCUAUAGAGAUUCUCAACUUUAACAUCAAUUCCAAGACUUGGCUAAAAAAUAUCAAGAUUUAUAAAAUGAAAAUAAUCAAUUAUUAAGAUAGUUGUCAGAUAGGCCAUAGAUUGGUUAGACUGAACUUUUGAAUUAAAAAUUACAACACUAUGCAAUUGAGAAUGAUAAACUAAGACAGCAGUUAACAUACACUUACGAGUUGCAAGAAAAGUUGACUCUUGUUACCAAUCAGUUGGAGAAGGUUAACGAAGCGUUGAUGCUUUCGAAUUAAGAGAACCAACACUUAUGCCAGUAAAUUGCUGAAUACAAGAAUUAACAAACUUAUGUGUAUCAGUUGAACUCGACUAUUCAGACACAAGAGAUUUAAUUACAAUAAAAGUAGGAUUAAUUUAGAAAUUUGCAAUAAGAGAUUGAUUAUUAUCAAUAAAUAUUUUCGUAAAAGGGAUAGGAAAUACAAUAAACACAAUUAGAGAUCAAUAGAGUGAUUGGCUAAAAUCAAGUUUUAUAAUAAGAAUUGGAAUAGCAGAAAAGAAAUUGUUUGAAAUUAAAAUAAGAGAUUGUAGCUUUAUAAGUCGAACAGAAUAGUUUUAUGUAAUUAAGACAUGAGAAUAUGUAAUUGCAUGAAAAAAAUUAAGAAUUGCUGAGGAACUUUGAAUAGCAAAAGGCUUUAAACUAAAAUCUAAUUAUGGAAUUGAACAAAUCAUAAUAAAUUGAUUCGUAUAUUGAUUAAUUAAUAGAUUAAUUAAAUGAAUAGAGAUCCAAAAUAGAAUAUGCUAGUUCUAAAAUACAGGACUAAGCCAAUAAAAUAAAUGAAUUGGAAUUCAUAGCCAAUGAGAAAGCAUAAUUAGAUAGUCAAAACUAUAACAUUGUUGAAAAUGAUUACAACAAAUUGAAUGAACUAUUAAAGUAGAAAUAAAUUGAAUUAGAUGUCAAUAAGAAUACAAAUAUGUAAUACAGUUAGAGACUUUAACAGAAUUAAAUGAAUAAUGUUCUCAUUAAUGAACUUAAAUUGGAGAUAGAACAAUGGAAGUCAAAACAAAGCAGAAUGGAACAAGUGUUCAAUGAUGGUAAGAAGGAAGAUCAAUUUAAACUAAAGUGUCUCUAAGAACAAAAUACUCAAUUGACAUAAAUCACAGCUGAACUAUAGGAUAAACUGUAACAUAAGGACACUGAACUACAACAAUAAGGCAUAAUCUUAUAGGAUACACUAAAACGAUUGAGAGAGAAGGAAUAAAUCAUUAAUUACAAUUCGAGUAAGCCGAAUGUGGAUUAGGAGGAGGUGUAAGCUCUGAAGAAUAGGAUUAAGCUUUUGGAAUUGAAUGAUGAGAAGAAUUACAGUCUUUAAAAGGAGAUUUAGAGAUUGAAUGCUCAAACUGCUUCUUUAAGAUAGGAAUUAGCAACGUAUAAGAAUAGGCAUCAUGAUUACUAAUUUAUGGAUGAACAAUUCCAAAAAUCGAAUAAAUAGAUACAGGAAUUAAAAAGCCAUAUAGUGACUUUAUAAAAAUGA